AUGACAAAUUACGAGAAUCCAACCACUAUUUUGAUUUUAGAAUAUUUUUCUGUCGUGAUUGAACUAUCGGAAUUGUUGUAUCAAAAAUUUAGGAGGAAGUAUUUACCAUUCAGUUUACAAUUUAAAGUGUGUGGAGAGAUUCUUGGUGGUGAUGAGCGUGUAACUACUCAAAUGAAUGAUUUAAUUGUCGAUGCAAAGAAUGAAAAGAUAUAUUUAGUUGGAGUAUCACCUUUUAUUCAUGUAUUCGAUUAUCAAACCAAACAUUUUAUGUAUGGUAUAUCAAUCUCUAAAAAUGUAAUUCUGAGAGCUUUGGCUUUGGAUCAAAAUGAAAAUUCACUGAUCUCAAGUGCAGACUUUUUGGUAAAAUAUGAUUUGAUCCAUAAGGAAAUCUUAUGGACAUUAAUAGAUCCGCGUAUUUCUCUUACAUGUUGCAUGGCUAUUAAUAAGCAUGAUGGCACAAUAUAUGUUACAUGUUUUAGAUCUGGAAUUGCUGUCGUUUCAGAAGAGUGUUAA